GGAACCGAGGCCAUCCGGACUUUUCGCGGCUGAGGGCAGUGCCGGUUCCCCGUCGUCAAGAUGCUGCAAAACGUGACUCCCCACAGCAAGCUCCCUGGGGAGGGGAAUGCAGGGUUACUGGGGCUGGGCCCAGAGGCAGCAGCACCAGGGAAAAGGAUUCGAAAGCCCUCCCUGUUGUAUGAGGGAUUUGAGAGCCCCACAAUGGCUUCAGUGCCGGCUUUACAACUGACCCCUGCCAACCCACCACCCCCGGAGGUGUCCAAUCCCAAAAAGCCAGGACGGGUUACCAACCAGCUGCAGUACCUGCACAAGGUGGUGAUGAAGGCUCUGUGGAAACAUCAGUUUGCAUGGCCUUUCAGGCAGCCUGUGGAUGCAGUCAAACUGGGUCUGCCGAUUCCCACCCCAGGUUGGGAGAGGACCACGGUGGCCAAAAUUCUUAGCUUCUUCCUCUCCCUCAUGCAGCCCAUGGAUAGCCAGCCCCAGAGGAUUAUCACAAAAUAAUAAAGCAACCUAUGGAUAUGGGUACUAUUAAGAGGAGACUUGAAAACAACUAUUACUGGGCUGCCUCAGAGUGUAUGCAGGAUUUUAACACCAUGUUCACCAAUUGUUACAUCUACAACAAGCCCACUGAUGAUAUUGUCCUGAUGGCACAAACAUUAGAAAAGAUCUUUCUACAGAAAGUAGCAUCGAUGCCACAAGAGGAACAAGAGCUUGUGGUGACCAUCCCUAAGAACAGCCACAAGAAGGGGGCCAAAUUGGCAGCACUCCAGGGCAGUAUUACAAGUGCCCAUCAGGUGCCUGCUGUUUCUUCUGUGUCUCACACAGCCCUAUAUACUCCACCACCUGAGAUACCUACCACUGUUCUCAACAUUCCCCAUCCGUCGGUCAUCUCUUCUCCCCUUCUCAAGUCUUUACACUCAGCUGGACCCCCGCUCCUUGCAGUCUCUGCAGCUCCCCCAGCCCAGCCCCUUGCCAAGAAAAAAGGCGUAAAGCGGAAAGCAGAUACUACCACACCUACUCCUACAGCCAUUCUGGCUCCUGGUUCCCCAGCUAGCCCCCCUGGGAGUCUGGAGCCUAAGGCAGCACGUCUUCCCCCUAUGCGUAGAGAGAGUGGCCGCCCUAUCAAGCCCCCACGCAAAGACUUACCUGACUCUCAGCAACAACACCAGAGUUCCAAGAAAGGAAAGCUGUCAGAACAGUUAAAACAUUGCAAUGGCAUUUUGAAAGAGUUGCUCUCUAAGAAGCAUGCUGCCUAUGCCUGGCCUUUCUAUAAACCAGUGGACGCUUCUGCUCUUGGCCUGCAUGACUACCAUGACAUCAUUAAGCACCCCAUGGACCUCAGCACUGUCAAGCGGAAGAUGGAGAAUCGUGAUUACCGGGAUGCACAGGAGUUCGCUGCUGAUGUGCGGCUUAUGUUCUCCAACUGCUAUAAGUACAAUCCCCCAGACCACGAUGUUGUGGCCAUGGCACGAAAGUUGCAGGAUGUAUUUGAGUUCCGUUAUGCCAAGAUGCCAGAUGAACCACUGGAACCAGGGCCUUUACCAGUCUCUACUGCCUUGCCACCUGGGUUGGCCAAAUCCUCUUCAGAGUCCUCCAGCGAAGAAAGUAGCAGUGAGAGCUCUUCUGAGGAAGAAGAAGAAGAAGAUGAGGAGGAUGAAGAGGAAGAAGAAGAGAGUGAAAGCUCAGACUCUGAGGAAGAAAGGGCUCAUAGAUUGGCUGAACUACAGGAACAGCUCCGGGCAGUACAUGAACAACUGGCUGCUCUGUCCCAAGGCCCAAUAUCCAAGCCAAAGCGGAAGAGAGAAAAAAAAGAGAAAAAGAAGAAACGGAAGGCAGAGAAGCAUCGCGGCCGAGCUGGGGUUGAUGAAGAGGACAAGGGAACUCGGGCACCUCGCCCAUCUCAGCCCAAGAAGUCCAAGAAAGCAAGUGGCAGUGGGGGUGGCAGUGCUGCUACACUAGGUCCCCCUGGCUUUGGACCUUCUGGAGGAAGUGGCACCAAACUGCCCAAAAAGGCCACAAAGACCGCUCCACCUGCCCUGCCUACAGGCUAUGAUUCAGAGGAAGAAGAAGAAAGCAGACCCAUGAGUUACGAUGAAAAACGGCAGUUGAGUUUGGACAUCAACAAAUUACCUGGGGAGAAACUGGGUCGAGUUGUGCACAUAAUCCAGGCCAGGGAGCCUUCUUUACGUGACUCAAACCCAGAAGAGAUUGAGAUUGAUUUUGAAACCCUCAAGCCAUCCACGCUUCGAGAGCUUGAGCGCUAUGUCCUUUCCUGCCUAAGAAAGAAACCUCGGAAGCCCUAUACCAUUAAGAAACCUGUGGGAAAGACAAAGGAGGAGCUGGCUUUGGAAAAGAAGCGGGAACUAGAAAAGAGGUUACAGGAUGUUAGUGGGCAGCUCAAUUCCACCAAAAAGCCCCCCAAGAAAGCAAGUGAGAAAACGGAGUCCUCAUCGUCGGCACAGCAAGUAGCAGUGUCUCGCCUCAGCGCUUCCAGCUCCAGCUCAGAUUCCAGUUCCUCCUCUUCAUCAUCCUCUUCUUCAGACACCAGUGAUUCAGACUCAGGCUAAGGGGCCAGGCCAGAUGGGGCAGGAGGCUCCGCAGGACCGGACCCCUAGACCACCCUGCCCCACCCUUUCCCCCCCUUGCUGUGACACUUCCUCAUCUCAUCCCCCUCCCCCCCACUGUAGGAGAGCUGGCUCUGCACGGGGGAGGGGUGCAGGGACAUUUACUGAAGGAGGGACAUAAAUGGACAAAAUAAGAUUGAGUUCCCAGCCACAUUGAGAGUGACCUCUUGGGCUUAGAGCCCCAUUCAAAAUGACUGGGGUGGGGCAGGGGUACAGGGUGGGAGUGGGCAAAGGCCCUGAUACGGGGUUACCUGAGGCCAUAGCUGCCCUGUUCACUUGUAAAGGCCCUGUUUUGAGGUUGUUUGUUCUAAUUUAUUUUAAGCUAGGUAAGGCUGAGGGGUGUGGGGCCAUGGUCCCCUCAGCCUCCAUGGGGAGGGAAAAAGGGGGAGCUCUUUUUUUACGUUGACUUUUUUUUUUCUACUCUGUUUUCCCUUUUCCUUCUGCUCCAUUUGGGGCCCCUGGGGGUUUCAGUCAUCUCCCCAUUUGGUCCCCUGGAUUGUCUUUCUUUGUCUGUUGAUUCUAACUUGUAAAUAAAGAAAAUAUUAUUCAAA